GUGUGUGUGUGAGGACCCAUUUCUCAUUCGGUUUUCUCUCCAUUCACUUCACAAAGCAGUUUUACUCUUCCGCCGCCGUGGCAGUGGCACGAGCUCGUGCAAUUCCCCCUUUUGUCAAGAGCUUCGUCCUCCUUUGCAUCUGCAGGCUCUGUCAUUGUUUAGUUGGUCCUUCCAGGUUGAGUAUUUGGUACAAUGAAGGUAAAGAAGGCUAAAAGAGAUCUGCAUACUGGGGAAAAGAAGAAGAAAAGGAACAGGGAACAAAAUGAUGAAGUAGAGAUACAAGCUACUGUGGAGGACGUGGAAGUGGAUAAUGAAAUACAUGUUAGUGACACAAAGAAGCAGAAGGCUUCUGUCAACAAAAAAAGGAAGAACAAGGACAAAAGUCUAGUUAGGAAACGAAAACCGAAGGGUGAAGAAGUUGAUUUGGAAGAGCAAAGCGAUGAAGUAGUAGAUAAUUGUCAUUCUAGUGCUGAGGAGAUCCAAGAUAUUGGUGGUCAUAGAGAUUUGGAUACUGGAGCAGUUACCAAACCCUGUAGGUCAAAGAAAGAUAAGAAAAAAAGAAAACAGGAGGAUAGAAAUUCCCAGGAUAAGGGAGAAGGGUACAACAAUCUGAAGGAAGUUUAUACUAUUUCCUCCGUAGAUGAUGACUGCUCAAAAGGAAUGAAAAAAUGGAUCAUGGAAUACCAUCAAAGCAGACCAGGAUUGGAAGUAUUGCAGCAUCAAAUUGAUGACUUUAUAAUUGCUCAUGAAGAGAAACUGGAAGAGGAAAGAAAAGAAAAAGAAGCCCUUGCUGCUGAAGGGGGGUGGACAGUUGUUGUACACCAUAAAGGUAGAAAGAAAACUACUGAUUCUGAAACUGGAAUUGCAGUGGGUUCGGUUGCUCAAGCAGCCGUGGAGAACAAAAUGACCAAAAAGAAACAUAAAGAAGUUGGUCUUGAUUUCUACCGAUUUCAAAAGAGAGAAGCACAGAGAAAUGAGAUCAUGACACUGCAGAGCAAAUUUGAGGAGGAUAAAAAACGUCUACAGCAGAUGAGAGCUGCCAGAAAAUUUAGGCCUUAUUAAUCAAUGUUUUUAGCACAGUUCAAGGUUCACUGUAGUUUUUAUGGGGAAUCUAGGUUAGUUAUGAAGUCUUAAAGUUGAAUUGUUCCACAAAUCAUUUAAAAAAAGAUUUCAUUUAUCAUUCCAAUUUUGCCGAAGGUAUUUGUACACAAAUGUAGGUAAUCAUUAUUUUAUUUCGAGUUACAUGACUCUGCAGGGGUGGGAACUUCAUUAUUUUUUGGCAACAUUGUUAUAAGCUCAACAAUCUGUGUAUUUGUUAGUUGUCAUUUAUAUGCAAAAUUUUGUUAACUA